AUGCAUUCAUCCAUUGACCCAUUCAGUGGCGGCAACAACACAAACAAUAAUACACCGAUAGUUGGAAAGCCACAGGGUCAUGUUGGCGGCGGCAUCGGGGGCGGUGGAGGUGGCGGCGGCAACCACUCAUCGUCAAGUAGCAAACGCAACAAUGAUAUUAUGUCCAACAACAAUGGAUCUUCAUUCACAGGACUGUCGACCAUCAUACGAUCGGAGCCACAUGGAGAGCUGGACUCUAGUCGGAAUGACGCGCUCACCCUAUCCACAUCACAAGAGCGAAACAUAUCAAACAACAUCCGCAACAUGUUCCAUGACAAUCAACUACGAGUCAGGAGUAACUCAGUUGCCACAACACUUAUGAACACAGUCGAUAUUGCUAAUCCCCUGGUUUGGAAUGAUCAGGCCAUCCCUGUUGACUACCAUUAUAAUCAUCAUGAGAACCAUGGGAUACAAUUGAGUACGAGUAAUGCCAGUAAUAUACAACAGCUUGAGGCUGAGGCUGAGGAUGCAGCCGACAUGGACAAUCAAAGAAUACAUCCAAUCACCAUGCUACUAUCGAACAAGGGCGAGCAACAGUAUCUUAAAUCACACUUCAAACGACAUCGUGUCCUUCUAAGGAUAACGGACAUCAUUGGUAUAAUAGCAGGAUUGUAUGAGUUGAUAUCAGGAGGGAAUAAUGUUACGAUGAUAGUGCUGAGGGUUGUGAGCUUGCUGCUGUUCGUCUUCUCCCUGAUACAUGGACUACUGCGCAACUACCGACAAAUGUACAGACAGAUCUAUCGACCAUUGUUCAUGGUGGCCGUCACAUUGUUCUUCAUUGCACUGUGUCUGGAGUUCUCGACCACAUCGCCAUCAUCAGUGUUAUUCAUACAUACUGUUGUAUUCUGUAGUCUCUACUCUGUUGGAUCACUACAGUUCCUAUACAUGCUGGCGCUCAACUUUAUCAUCUCGAUCAUAUGCUUCUCAUUCUUAAUCAUCAAGUCAUCUCUCAAUACCGACGAUAUCAUCUCCUACUUGCUCAGCUUCCUUAUAAUAUGUCUGUUAGGUUCAAGUCAUUUAUAUGUGUUGGAGAAGUCCAGGAAGACUAGUUUUAUCAACAAGAGAGUGAUCAGGAAGAAGGCUGACAGGAUCAAGUUUGCAAAGGAGAAGUCUGAACAACUGUUAUCAAACAUUCUUCCAGAAUUCAUUAUCAAGAUGAUCAAGGAUGAGCCAUUGGAGAGCAACAUCGAUGCACCAUUACCAACCAUUUCCAAAGUGUUUCAUAGUUGCUCAGUACUAUACUGCGACAUUGUUGAGUUUACUACGAUGGCAUCAAAGAUUGAACCAGAGAUGUUGGUCAAGUUGUUACAUCAGAUAUUUACAGAGUUUGACAAGGUUGUUGUAUUGAAUGGCUGCGAGAUAAUCAAGACUGAUGGUGACGCAUAUCUGUGUGCGGGUGGACUGACCAUCGCCAACAGUAAUCACUAUCAAGCCAUUGUAAACAUUGCCAAUGGCUUUCUAAAUCUGCCCGUGCUCAAGUCCAACUGCUUGAAUCAGGAGGUCAGGAUUAGGAUUGGCGUGGCAACUGGCUCAGUGAUUGGCGGUGUGAUUGGCAACAAGAAGUUCCAGUUUGAUCUCUGGGGCGACGCAAUCGCAAUGGCACACACGCUGGAACAGACAGGAACACCAGGACUCAUUCAUGGACUGAAGCGAGGAUUUGAGAAGUUGGACCCCAAUCAAUAUCAGUACAUCGAGAACACCAACUCUGACAAGAACUUCCCAACAGUGUUCAUCAUGCCAGUCAAUGCCAAUCAGAUAUCGACCCCUUCAGCAGCAGGUGCUUCAUCAUCGUCGUCUUCAACAUCGUCCACAACAACAUCCGAGAUAUCAUCAAUCGAAGACUCUGGAACUUGCUCAAUCGAGGUCGAUACAUCAUCGCGACCAAAGACCGAUCAGUCGAUUGAUGAGCCUGUGUCUCAGAAGCAACACGAGUCGGAGCAGCAGCCAAAGUCGCUACCCAUGCGAGCUAAACUGAUGUUGGGACAGGUAUCCGGGUAUAUCAAGGGCUUCUACGUCAGGCAUCUUUCCUGCCAUGAGGAGACGCUGGCCAACACUGUUGACAAGGACGACAUGUACAUCGAGAUCGACAAGAACUUCAACCGAUACACACGCUUCAAUCGAUACAUGCUGCUCUUUAAGAAUCUGUUGGUCGAACGCUACUUCUACAAGUACGUGAUCAAGCGAUCAGCCAAGGAGACGCGAGUGUUCCUCGUGCUGGGCCUGAUAAUGCACAUCAUCUUUUAUCUGGACGAUCACUUCCUGCAGGAGCCAGUGGAGACGUUCAACACGCUGCCACUGUACAUCACGAUGGGCCUACUGUUCAUCAUCUACUUUGGCAUCACUUUUACCAAGCAGUAUCGUCGACCACUGUUCCAACAGUUCAGUCUGUUCGUCCUGCUCAUCCUAUUCAGCACGGCCACCAUCCUUGAGCUUGGCCAACAAGUAUCAGCCGAGAGAAUCAACCUCACUCGUCUAUGUAUUAUAUUACUAUUCAUUAGCAUGUUCCACUCUUUGAACUUCCUUAUAUCCGUUGCACUGGUCAUCUUCAUAUUUGGCUUCUAUUACAUCUGUGGAUCAUCGAUCACAAACACAAUUGGUGGACUAUAUCCAGGCGAUUAUAUUGGCUUCAGUAUCUUUAUACCAAUGUUGAUAUGCUCGAUCUACUUGAUGAAGUUGGAGAUACGCUCAGCUUGGAUUAUCAAGUCCAACAUCAAGUACAAACAGAUGAUUCUGCAGGCCGAGCGAGAGAAGUCGUCCAAACUGCUCGAGAAUAUCCUGCCAGUGAACAUCUCCGAGAAGCUAAUCAGCAACAAGGGCAGCAACAAUGGAAUGUUGAUCGCCAAGAGCUUUAAGCGUGUGGCAAUCAUGUUCAUCAAUGUCACGGGUCUAGAGCAGCUGAACGACCACGAGCGCAUACUCUGCAUCCUCAACAGCAUCUUCCUGAUGUUUGACAAUCACUGUGAACAUCUCAAGCUGGAGAAGAUCAAGACCAUCGGCACGACGUACAUGGUUGUGGCAGGUAUGCGUCCCAGCCUCGACUCGGCCAAGGAGAUGUCCAAGGCAGAGUUCCAGUGCGCCCUGGAGAACCUGGCCAACAUGGCACUGAUGGCCAAGGCGUGUGUUCAUCACAUCGAUCAGCGAUUGAACAUCCAGACGGGCAUCAGUCUGGGUCCUUGUGUGGCCGGUUGCAUUGGUAUCCAGCGCGCAAAGUUUGACAUCUGGGGCGACAGCGCCAACAUUGCGUCCAGGAUGCAGACUUCGGCCCCGAUUGGCAAGAUACAGGUGACGAUCGAGGUGUGUAAGAUACUGCGCAACAAGUUCUACUUGGAGGAGCGAGGAGAGAUCAAUGUCAAGGGCAAGGGCGUCAUGAAGACCUACUACCUCACCGGAGAGAACUCACACGACUUUGACGACACUCUUCCCUCACAUUGGCAAGAAGCACGAGUCAAUCAAUUCAAAGGCAGCUACUUCAUGCGAGAGGAUGCCUACUAA